AACCAACAUGGUGCUAAUUUUGGCUUUAGCUUCUAUAUCCCAUCAUUGUGAAGUCUGUGAAAUUCCUAUCGCCAGCGUAGGUGUAGUUGAUGAAGUCAAGACUAGACAACUCCUAACAGGUUCCUGUCAGCAAUCAAAGCUUUGGCUGAACAUCAGGUAUACUACCAUGACUGGGGAUGACAUGUGGCACAUAGGUGACCUGGAGAAUUAAGUCCAUUCCAAUGAAUGUGCUCUUGUUCAUCUUCUUUUUCUUGUGUUUUCAGUUUCUGCUUUUCUUAGUAGCCACAAAGACUCAAUCAGGAUCAUCCUGGACCUCAAGGAACAAUAUCAACAUACAUGCAUUUGGCAUCUCCUGGCAGACCACAAAAUUUCAAGGUUUCUUUGAAGCACUUACAAAUGAGGUCAACACCAGAAGAUUUUUACUCCACUGGUUUCGUCUUGGGACCCUUCUCACUGCUUUUCUCAUCCCAUGUGCUCUCUAUUUUCUUCUGAGUACUCUGUAUUACCAUAUAAAAAGCCAUGAAGAUCAUGCAGGAGGACUAAUUUUUGAGCCUGUGAUCCCGGGAGUAACAGCACCAUGGCAUUCUGUGAUCUAUUUUGCACCUAUUCUCUUGCUGGGCAGUUUUGUACAUGAGCUUGGUCAUGCUUUGGCUGCAUCUGUGGAAGGGAUUUCAGUGGAGAAAGUGGGGAUAGUGACCAUACUCUUCCUGCCUGCAACAUGGGUUCAACUCUCCCCCUUGCAUAUGCAGAGUUUGUACCCUUGGAAAAGGUUACGGAUCCUUUGUGCUGGUGUCCUUCACAAUGUAGCAUUGUCCUUUGUGGCCUUGCUAUUCUACCUCACUCUUCCUCAUGUGAUGCUCCCUUUCUAUUCCUCCCAUGAAGUGGCAACAGUGGUCCACAUUAAAGAGGGGUCUGUAUUGAGCGGGGAGAAAGGACUCCAACCAGGAGACAUUCUUCUAGGAGUGAACAACUGUACCCUCACACCAGAUGCACUCAAGUUUCAGGCAUGCUUGGAAUUGCCCAUGGGGCAACAUAUCAUCUCUCUUUACAUCCAGUUUUCUUUCAACAGAGAAAAAAAGUUAUGGGAGACUUUUGAUUGUACUAUUUCAGAUGAUGUUGUCAUCCAUGAGGGAGACUGGCUCAAGUGUUGUAGAAAGGAAGUAUAUCAUACUCAUCUUUGCUUUGAGUACAAGCCAAAGAAGGAACAGAUGGUCCUUGAGACUGUGCCAUAUGCUUGCCUACCAAUUCGUAAAGUUGUUGCAUCAUCAUCUGGUUUCUGCAGUGACUCCUCUGACUGCUCAGAGGGCUCUUUUUGUUUUCAUUCUGCUGAAAAUGAUUCUUUAUUUGUCCUUUGGAUGAAUCAGAGCCAUUCCUGGAAUGUGCUAUUCCUUGGCUCCAAAGAUGGUCUUCUGAGCUCAUUUACUAUUCGCUGGGAACAGAUUUACAUCCCUCUCUAUUCAGUCAUACCAAGUGCCAUUCCAGAUGUCCUUGGAAAGGUCUUUUACUAUGUGUGUUCCAUUUCCUGUGCCUUAGCAUUACUGAAUGCAUUCCCAUGUUUUUGGUUCGAUGGCCAGCAUAUCCUGUCUACUGCCUGUGAUAUUGUUUUCUCCGGUAUUCACCUGGAGAAAAGGCUUCGGAUUAGCCGAGCCAUCACUGUUGGAGCCACUGCUUUUCUUAUUCUCUCCCUGGUUAGUACCUUGAUCUCAUGA